UGUUCUUGAAAAGACACUAAUCAAGUUUUUGUCUGCGAUUUCGAGAAGAAAAUGAUUCCGAUUUCGUUAUCCGAUCGUUUUCGAGGAGCCUUGAGUUUGAAUGCUCUGAGAUGUUAUUUGGCUGAGUUCAUAUCCACUUUCUUCUUCGUUCUUGCCGCCGUUGGAUCCAUUAUUUCUUCACGGAAAUCAAUGGCGGGUGAUGUGACGGGAGCGUUAGGGGUACUGACUGCGGCGAUUGCGACAGCGUUUGCGUUGUCAUCGGCGGUUUACAUCGCUUGGAACGUGUCCGGUGGCCACGUUAACCCAGCGGUCACGUUUGGGAUGGUGGUUGCUGGUAGGAUCAGCGUUCCGACCGCACUUUUCUACUGGACUUCGCAGAUGUUUGCUUCCGUUAUGGCCUGCCUUGUCCUAAAAGUCACCGUCUUUGAACAGCACGUUGCGAUGUACAAAAUCGCGGCAGAGAUGACGGGUUUUGGAGCGUCGGUUCUUGAAGGGGUAAUGACCUUUGCCUUGGUCUACACGGUUUGUUCGGCCGGUGACCCGAGACGGGGACCGUCAGGGGUUCUGGGCCCCAUUUUCAUAGGGUUCGUUGCCGGAGCCAAUGUACUGGCGGCCGGGCCGUUCUCUGGUGGCUCUAUGAACCCGGCCUGUGCCUUUGGCUCGGCCCUGGUCUAUGGGAGCUUCAAGAACCAGGCUGUGUAUUGGGUCGGUCCUCUUCUCGGAGGAGCCUUCGCUGCUUUAGUGUAUGACAACCUGGUUGCUCCGGCGGAUUCUGACCGUGAUUCUUUGUCCGGAGAUUCUGCCGGAGUUUAGAUUUAUUGGAAUUUGUAACAGUAGUUUAUGUCAGUGUCUGUAAUUUCUCUGUCUCUGUUGUAAGAAAGAAAUGUUUGACAUUUAUAUCAUAUUUUGAUCCUUGUAUGUGA